GUCGAACACUUUGUGAGCGCAAUUUUGUUGAUGAAGAGCAAGCUCGAUCGGGCCAGAAUUUUGCACACACACACUCAAUCAAUCUUCCUGCACAAAAGAACAACAAACAAACACCAGGUUUGAUGACUUGCUGCUGCCGGCCUGCUGGAUCCCGCGCUGCGCCGUGGCUCGCGCGCGUGGAAGAUCAGGGACGCCUGGCCUGCUCCAGCCCAAGUGACCUGGUGGCCUGGCUGGCGCUCAGCAGCUGCUGCUGCUAGCCGCCGCCGCUGCUGGCGGGUUCGCCUGCGGAGCUGCUCGCCGCCCGCUGCGCUGGGCCUGGUGCCCUGCACGCCCAGGCAAGCGUGCCGCUGGCCACGCACGACGACGGCUGCCGCUGAGGAAAUGGAACUCGCGAGAUAUUUUCAGCAAAAAUCCAAAUUUCUCAUUUUCAGGGCCGCAACGGCUUAUCUACAUUCCUUUCUUGCCUUCCUCCGCGCUGUCGGCUCCUCUCGCGCUCCCAGCGCUCCAGCAGCAGCUGGCCGCCUUAUCCACUCCACUCUGCCCAGUCCAGGUUCCAACUCAAGCUGCUCGUCUCAAAUCUCAAGCACCACAGCUACGACUCGAGCUCGAGCAGAGGCCGCGCCUCUGCUCGUCCUUUGCUGUGGCAAGGGUGGAACGGCGGAAUCGAUCUCUGCAUCGCGGAAGAGCUCGCAGCCUUAUCCAUUCCACUCUGUCCAGUGACCGCCGCCGCCGCCUCCUAGCUGGGUGGAAGAAGCAUGUCGAGAAUGGCGCCUCCGUCCUCUCCCCUGUCCAUGAAGCCCCCGACGCUGCCCUUCUCGCCUCCCAAGAAACCGGCGCCGAUGCCGGUGUACAAGGACCUGCACUUCAACCGCGACCUCGCCGCUACCAAGAAGCUCCAGGCCGGGGUGGACCUGGUGGCGCGGUUGGUGGGGGUCACCAUGGGCCCCAAGGGGAGGAACGUGGUGCUUGGCAACAAGUAUGGCCCUCCCAAGAUUGUCAAUGAUGGGGAGACCGUCCUCAAGGAGAUCGAAUUGGAGGAUCCAUUAGAAAAUCUUGGAGUGAAGCUGGUCAGACAGGCUGGUGCAAGGACCAAUGAUAUUGCAGGAGAUGGCUGCACCACUUCCAUAAUACUUGCUCGAGGCCUGAUUGCUGAAGGAAUGAAGGUUCUUGCAGCUGGAAUCAACCCAGUUCAGGUUGCACGUGGUAUUGAGAAGACUGCUUCCGCUUUGGUAUCUGAACUCAGAGUAAUGUCACGGGAGAUUGAAGACCAUGAACUUGCACAUGUGGCUGCAGUUAGCGCAGGAAAUGAUUAUGAUGUUGGAAAUAUGAUUUCUGAUGCUUUUCAAAGAGUAGGUAGGAAAGGAAUGGUGAGAAUUGAAAAUGGAAGAGGCACCGAAAACAGUUUGGAUGUUGUUGAAGGAAUGCAAUUUGAACGUGGUUACCUCUCGCCCUACUUUGUUACUGAUCGUGCAAAUAUGACAGUGGAGUUCACAGACUGUAAGAUUCUAUUGGUUGACAAGAAAAUUACUGAUGCUAGUGAGAUUAUAAGGAUACUGGACAGUGCUGUCAAGGAAAAUUAUCCAUUGUUAAUAGUUGCUGAGGAUGUGGAAGAAGCAGCAAUGGCUGAUUUGAUAAAAAACAAGCUGAAUGGGACAAUUAAGGUUGCAGCAGUUAAGGCCUUCUCUUUUGGGGAGCAAAAGACUCAAUGCUUGGAUGAUGUUGCAGUCAUGACGGGAGGUACAGUAGUGAGGGACGACAUGGGAUAUUCAUUGGAAAAGGCAGGAAAAGAGGUUCUGGGUUCUGCUUCUAAGGUGGUUAUCAGGAAAGAUUCAACACUAAUUGUUACUGAUGGAAGCACUCGUCAUGCAAUUGAGAAAAGAGUAGCUAUGAUAAAAGGACAAAUUGAGAACUCAAAGGAAAGGUACAAGAAGAAAAUAUUGGGUGAGAGGAUAGCAAGGUUAUGUGGUGCAAUUGCAAUCAUCCAGGUUGGUGCUCAGACAGUCAUUGAGAUGAAAGAUAAGAAGCUGAGAAUUGAAGAUGCUCUUAAUGCAACUAAGGCAGCUAUUGAGGAAGGUGUUGUAGUUGGUGGUGGAUGUAGCCUACUAAGAUUAUCGAAGAAGAUUGACGCAAUCAAGGAAUCAUCAUUGGAUAAUAUAGAGCAAAAGAUUGGUGCUGACAUCUUCAAGCAAGCCCUGAGUUACCCUACCUCACUGAUAGCAAACAAUGCGGGGAUGAAUGGAAAUUUUGUCGUUGAAAAGGUGUUAUUGAAUGACAACACAAAUUAUGGUUACAAUGCUGCCAAGAACCGCUAUGAGGACUUGAUGGCUGCCGGAAUACUGGAUCCAUCAAAGGUUGUGAGAUGUUGCAUUGAGCAUGCUGCUGUGGUUGCAAAGUCUUUUCUCACUUCUGAUGUGGUGGUUGUUGAGGCAAAAGAAAGCAAACCAGUUCGAGUAAGACCCCCAAUGCCACCUAGGAGCUUGAUCCCCCCAAUACCUGCCUCAGUUUCAGGUAUUCGAGUGUAGCAAGCUUCGUUUCCACAGAUCGACCUCAAUAUGACAAAAAGUACAUGGACGAAAUUCUUUUGCAAAAAAUGCAAAUCUAACAAAGCGGAGAAAGGUUUCACAUUAACAAUUGCUUUACACUACAGGUUCGGGUGGGGGGUAGAUUGUUCACAGUAUCACAUAAGUUGCUUGUACGACCAGAGUUGCUACUCAUUUUGUAAAUAUUUCUAGCAAUCCUCAAAUACUUGUGUACAUUUUUUAUAAAAUGAGUAGAAAAUUCACAUAAUUAAGCUACACAGUUUGGUUGACAAUCA